GCUGUUUCCUCUUAGCAACGUCGAUGGCGUCAUUUAAGUAUUAAGCCCACAAGGCGGAAAAAAUAACAACACACAAACAAAAACACCUGUUUCACUAGUCUUGCAUUUCUUCUUAUUUAACAAGUUAGUCUGAUUGUAUCAUAAUACCUCACCUGUAUUAUGAACUUACAUUUAGAUUCAGUAUUUGAAGCUAUUUUUAAAUAAGUUAAGGGUUUCAGUUUCGUAAUAAUAAAUUAAAAUAUAUAAAGUCACUAAAAAAACAUCAUGGAGGACGACUUUGACUACAAUGACACAGCCACUGCACCCACUGUGGUCAAUGAUUUUCUCAUGGAAAAUCUUUGUGGACGUAAGGGUCAACAAGCAGGUGGCUAUUCACCUCCUGCACCUCGCAGCGCUUCCAAAAGAUGGAAAAAUUUAAAUGAACAAAACAUGAUGCUCAUGCUUGAAAACAAACAUUUGAUAAAGAAAAAAAAUUUGCAGAAAUCUAAAGAGCAAGCUAGAGAAAUCAUCCGCAAGAUUCCAGUUGAGGUUUUGGCCAAAGAGUGGCUGUCUAAAGAGGAUGCAACAGUUGACAUGCGUGCUUACUUAGUAGACCAUGUCUUGCCAACUCUAAUCCUGGGAGUAGAAAAGCUUCUGAAAGUAGUGGAUGAGAAAGGUCUGUCUGCAACAAACAGAUAUGAACCAGAGUUCAACCCCAUUAAUUAUUUGGCUCAAUAUUUGAUGAGGAACAAUCCUCGGUUUAGCAACUUUUCAGAAGCAUCCCCAUAUGUCAGAGGAUUGCGUGAAGUUUCUGAAGAGAUCAAACAAGAGCUCUUCACAUUUGAAGAUAAUAGGCUUGCAAGAAUCAAAGCUGAAGCCAGAAGAAAGAGAGCAGAGAGAGAGAGAGUUGAACAGCAGCAACAAGAAGCAAAACUGAAAAGGAUGGAGCAGCUUCUUCAACAUUUUCAACAGUGGAGUGUUCCAGUUACAAAUAAUAAAGUUGAGCUUGCAAUGGUUCAAAAUGCAUUAAUAUCGUUUUGUGAAAUGGCAGCACUGUGGCCAAAAGAAAUGAGAGAGGCAGCCAAAUUUGGGAAACCUUUAGAUCCCACUGAUGAAACUGGCAACAUGUUAUCUACUGAGGAAUUUGCACAGUAUCUAACUCCCUUUGUUGAAGAGCUGUCAAUGGAUAUUUUUGAAGCCUUCAUGAUCCACAUGAACAAAUGUGCUGCCAUUUACAGAGCUGCGGCAGAGAAAGAAGUUAGAAGAAAUAUGUUGACUAACCUCUUCUUGAUGUGUGACCAUGGUAGGAGAUACAAUCACCUACUUCGCAUUAUACAUACAAAAGAACUGCUGCUUGGCUUAUUGGACAGGCAGAGAAUACUGGAACUGUUUGAAAAGUUUUGGGAUACAACUUUACAAAACAAGGAAUUUAUGGGAACACUUCGUAACCCAAGGAGGUUUCCAGUCAUAGAAGUGGAGGAAGUGGAUGACUCCAUGUUUGAUGCUUGGGAAGAUGAACCUGAUGGUGGAUUGACCGUAGUGGAGAUGCAAAUAGCCAGUGCAGAGAUGGCCAGAGUUCAACAGGAAGUGCACAGGUUGGCCACCAUUGCCACUGUACAAGACAAAAGUGCAGUGGAGAAAUGGAAAAUAAAGCAGCUCUCUGAGAAAAGUGAAGGAAUGCGUUGGAAACUGUAUAAGUAUAAUGUUACCGACUUUUUGAAUAUUUUUGAGUACAAUUACUUUGAUACUUUGGAAGCUCCAAAGCAAAACCUGAACCUACAGGAAAGGAUAGAAUCAGGCAACAUGCGCCACCAUGACCUUCAUCUCAUGACAAUUUCUAGAACAAAAGAAGAGAGAGACACUGUGCUGGGACGUGUGAAAGUGCUUGAUUCCGAGGAAGUGUCAGUCACCACAUUAGAUGAGGUGGCGAGAGAUAAGCAUGAUUCAGACAUUGAUAAUAUCAAUGAUAACAGGGGAGGUAAAGAGAUAGGACAAAGUGUCAACAAUAACUCUAAUAUGGCAGAUGAAACAAGCUGCGGAAGUGAACAAGAAACUGGUGAUAGGAUAGCAUACGCUAAAGUACAAAAUGUGGGAGAUGAAUGCAAUACUAGGUCUGUAUCUACGCAAGUGGUUUACUAUAGCAACCAAAGUUGCAGGGAUGUAGCUCAAAGAAAGCCAAUGGAAGACAUUCCAAUGGUAAAACAUAAGUGUAAAAUGAAAGAUACAAACAACAACAUGGCCAAAUUUAGGGAGGGCAGAACCACUGACUCUUCUAGUGAUACAGAUACCACAGUGACAGAGCUAGGACUGUACAGUAACUCCUACACCAAUAGAAAGGAUGAGUCUAAUGAAUACCUAGAGAGUGAAUUUCUCACUUCUGAUGAAUCGCUCACUGUGAAUGACCAGAAUGCUUCUGAUGCAACGUAUGAAGAAUCAGAUGAAGAAGUGUGGUUUGAAAAGCUGAGCCAACUGAGAAAAACCUUGGCCAAUGUCCUCCCAGUCCAGCCGCACACAUUGGGUCCAGUGAGAAUGAACCAACAAACCUUGAGAACUGAAUCUAGGACUCGACAACAUUCUACAGAACUGGCAUCAAUGGAGCAUAGUUUGCCUCCCUUGCACAAAAGCUAUAAUGUAGAUAGGAGUACUUCCCCCUUUCAACCUCUGCCACCUAUUUCAACAAAAAAGCAUGUCAGAUUUCAGUCAGUUCAGUCAACUGUAGACAAGGGCAGUCAAUCCAUGGACCCAACAAAUGACCAAUUACCUAAAACUUCUGAAAUGAAUAGAUUUGAUUCAUUCAUGCAGUCUCAACAAGAAAUCAGUAAAACAGGAGGUUCCUCCAUCAGCAGUGCUAACAAUGUAGAACAUAAUGAGCUGCUUAGAAAACUAUCUCUUCCUGUUGGAGAGUUUCUCAAAAUAUUGUGCACAGAAAAUAAUAUAAAUUAUAAUAAACAGCUGGCAGAUAUAAAUAUUAAUAGCUGUAAUCGAGUCCGCAAUAUUAUCAUUUCCACCAACCAACGCAGCCAGUCACAGCUGUCAGCGUUUGAUGAGAACACGCUAAACAUAUCACAGUUUGUUCUAUUGGUUGAGACUUUGUUAGGCCAUGAUCCAAGUAAAGAUAUCUUCGAGAGGAUAGUGAAACAUAUCAAAGAUGGAUACUCAGACACAGAGCAAGAGAAAAUGGACAGGCUUGUCAAGACCCGCAAACAAGUCAUCUCAGCCAAGAGGAAAUUUAUGAUAGAUAAUUUGUUUGAAAAGUGGGACAAUGAUGGCAGCGGUUAUCUGGAAAUGGAAGAAAUUCAAGAAGUUUUGUUUAAAUAUAAAGAUGGACAAGAACUGGAUGUCAUUAAACGAGCUCAGAAUGCUCUAAAAAAGAAGUCAAAGUUUAAUGAUCAACGACUCAGCAAGCAAGAGUUCCGUGAAUUGAUUGAGCUUCUUGUUAAGGAGAUGUCUGGCCCUGAAAACUUUGAAUUACUGGUUGAAUUUUUAAUGAACUCCGUGGAGAGGUCAUAUGCUGAGAGAAUACGGGGUGAAGCCAGAAAGAAAUGGUUGCAGCAGAUCAUAUCUGAAGGUCAUGUCAGUGGAAAAUUACUGGACCCUGUGUAUAAAGCUGUUUUUCAAGCACUUUAUAAGGAUGCAGAGAUGCAUGGUGGGGAGAAGAGAAUCAGUGCCAACAUCGCCAUGCUGGAAAUAAACAGAGUGGAUCUUUCCCGUGGACCAAUGCUUCUUCGUUAUGCUGCCUGCACACCAGAAGACUGUCCAUAUAUGUUGGGGAAAUGUUUAUUUAAAAAUAUGAAAGGUGUCAGUUUCCAGGCUGUGGAAACAGGCAAACCAGUUCAUGUGCCCAGAGUUUCAAAUCAUGGUAACAUUUACUUCUGGAACUACAACAGACCUCAAGAGGAAAAAGAAGGCUCACUAGUUGUCAUUCCUCUCAAAGAUAAGAAGAAGAGAGUGUUUGGAGUCAUGGGAAUAGAUACAGUACAAGAUUCAAAUAAAAAGUCCAUAUUUAUAACCCAUGAGAUACAGUUUUUCCAGGGUGUGGCUAAGGCCUUCAGCAUUGCCUACCACACUGUUGAGAUGAAGCGCAAACUCCUGCGUGUGGCAGACUCAGCCAUUUCCUGGAUGAACCGAAGGUGCCCUCACAUCACGGAGAUCAUCAUUUACCUUGUAGAACCCAACCUGUUACCUAACAGAGAUCCAGUGCUGAGGAAGAUGAUGGUGGCCAAAAAAGGACCUGGGGUCCAUGUUACAGAAGUAGUUCGACUUGAAAGAAAAGAUAAUUUAUUCAGAGAUUACUUGUUCCAAUGCAUGGAGAACUCUGAGACAGUCUGUGCAGACGCCUAUGGUGAGAGACACACAGCAUUACCCCUCAGGGACUUGGAAGGUAAAGCUAUAGGUGUUGUGGACAUUAGCAUCGGUGAAAUGAAACAGUUGCCCUCCCAUGAGAACAAAGAAGCUCAGAGAAUGCUGCGUCUGCUGCAGAAGGCAGUGAAGGAAAUUGUUAAAGAAUCACAGGGAGAAGAAAAGAAGAAGAUAUUAGAUGCUGAAAAUGAUGAGGCCAGCAGAGUGGCCAUUAUGUUUGACAGUUUGAUGUUAGCGGAAUUAAGAGAGAAUGUUUCUAAACUCGACAUCAUGGCCUUUGCUGAGCUUAAGAGCUACUACCAGCCUCCAAAAGUCAUCCUAGAGAUAUGUCGAGCUGCCCUUGCAAUAUUUGACAUUGAGAGAGCAGGGGAGGGACAGUAUGAAGACUGGCCCAUUGUCAAAAAUAACAUCCACUCCAACUUGAUUCACCAAAUUAAAACCUAUGAUCCAACCAAAGCCUCAGAAUUUGCAAAAACAGAAAAAAUUGCCAGAUAUCUGAGAGCUAUCCCUCAUGGAGAAGUUGGCAGGUAUGGCUCCAUCCCAGCCAUGCUGUUAUACAACUGGGUCUUCUGCUGCCUGUCAUUGAUAGAGCACACAGUCAAGAUGAGAGAAAUGGAAGCCCAGAAUGAGUCUGCUCCUCCCCCUGAAAUUAAGCCCAGUAUUAUGACGUAGGAUUGCACCAGAGUGUACUUACUGAGAGACCAAACAAAGCAAAUCUGUAUGUAAAUAGUAUCCCUCUUAGAGCGUUGUCAGUCUUUAUAGACCCACCUUGUUGAGCUAACACAUGAAUUCAGACAGUCGACAAGAUCUCAAGCUGCUAAAUGUAAACAUGAAUAAAGGAAAAUGUCUUUAUGCUUUUAGCAAAAAUAUUAGAAUAAUUGUGUUAAUUCAAUGCUAAAAAAAACUAAGCUAAGUAACCUUUGUUCUAAAAAUGCAUUCCCUACUUGUUUUUGUCUUUAAAGAACAAUAAAACUGUGUUAAAUCAUAAAAUCAAUAGACUGUUUAAUGAACAAAAAGGCUGUUGUAGAUCAACAGGUUAUACAGAUACAGUGGGAAAGAUAAAAGGACAUAACAUUUAUUUUUUAUAGUAAAAAAAAAACUAUUAUAAAAGUUGACAUACAUUAUUGACAUGCCAUAGUCUACAUAAUAAGCUACUAUUUGAUCUUGCUGCUAAACAUAAACUGAAGUGGGAGAUAGCCUCCAGUAGUAGUGUUGAGGAUGGGAUUUUGAGAUAAAUUACAAUUUUCAUUUUAAACAAUUACAAAAGUCUUUAACUUAAUUUUAUAAUAAUAUAAAAAAAAAAAAAAGAAAGAAAGGUCAUCCUAAAUCUCAUGUUCACACUUGCCUAUGUAUAUCUUUGAAAAUGGCAGAUUCUCUUUCAUAAUGCUGAUGUUGUAGAUAUCUAAAUUGGAUUUCUAAUCAUCAUUUGUUUUCUAUCAAAAUGUAUCCAGAAAAAAUAAGCCUAUAUGAUUUGGGCUGCAAGUUGUACAGGAAUCGAUUAAAUUGAAGUUGUUUCAGACAAAGCAAUUCUGUGAUAUCUAUUCUAUAAGAUGUAUAUGUUGGCCUAUAAAAUGAUUUCUUCAGAAACAAGUCAUAGUUUGAUUUUUUUUCAGAAAACAUUCCAAAUUAUCUUCCCAUCUCUUCCAUAAAAAUUUGCUUCUCUCCCUUCCUUCUCUAUCUGACUUGCACAUUUGAAAUUGAGAAAAAACAAAAUGUAUCAAUAUCAUGUGGCUCAACACAAAAUUCUUGUAUUUUCAAAAGUACCAGUUACUUACCUCCUGUGUUUAUCUAGGCUGUGACUUAUAUGAUACUUAUAUACAUUUGUAUUUAAAUAUAUUUCCCACAUGUAAAUAGUUGUUUGUCAUAUUUUUUUUUUACUGCUGCAGCCAAAUGUCUAUUUGUAUAUACAUACAAUGUAAUUAUAUGACAUUGAAACUAUUUUAAUUUUUAUAGUGUCUUGUAAUUGUUUGUUUUGAAAUAUAAAUUAUUUUGUUUCAUUCUUGAGAAUUAAAACAGUGAAUAGAAAG